AUGAUUUCCUUUCCCGGGAUUCGAUCUCCCAACACAAAUCCCAAAGUCAGUACAAUUAAUAUUCUUUAUCUCUUUCUUUUUCUUUUUUUUCUUUCUUUCUCUUUUUGUUUUGCUUUCUUUCUUUUUUCUUUCUCUUUGUUUAUUUUUCCUUUCUUUCUUUCUUCCUUUCUUUCUUUCUUUCUUUGUUUCUCUUAUUUUUUUUCUUUCUUUCGCUUUCUUUCUUUCAUUUUAUUUUUCUAUCAUUCAUUUUAUUUUUCUUUCUUUCAUUUCUUUCUUUUGUUCUCUUUCUUUCUUUCUCGCUUUCUUUUUCUUUCUUUCUUUCUUUCUUUCUUUCUUUCUUUCCCUUUUUCUUUCUUUCGCUUUCUUUCCUUUUUUCUUUAUUUCUAUUUCUUUCUUUUUCUUUCUUUCUUUCUCGUUUUAUUUGUUUGUUUCUUUCUUUCUCGUUUGAUUUUUCAUUUUCUUUUUCUUUCUUUCAUUUUCUUUUUCUUUCUUUCAUUUCUUUUUUCUUUCUCUUCAUUUCUUUCCUUCUUUUUCUUUCUUUCUUAUUUUUCUUUCUCUAUGUUUUUCUUUCUUUUUCUUUUCAAUUUCGCUCUUUCUCGUUCUUUCUUUAUUUCAUUCUCUUUCUUUUUCUUUCUUUCUUUCUUUUUUCUUUGA